GAAAUGUUUGUCGACUUAUGGUUAAACUUCUGUUGUGCCAGACAGUCAAAACAGGAAGCCUAAGAUCAGCCGUUAAGCACGUGUGAGGAUUCUAAUAAACCAAUGCUAGAUACAGGGUAAGCAUAUGUGCCAUCUCCUGCUGCGCAGAAAGCGCUGCAAUCAACUUCGCAGGAAUUAUGGCAGAAGUUAUAGGAAGCGUAGGAGAAGAGGCAACAAUCCUAGUAAACAUAAUAGCAGAACCACUUUUAGAGUAUGAUAAAUAAAGGAGCAGAAAAAACAUCAGUUGAAAUGGAAGGUAUGUUGACAAUUACUAUUAAGAGUGGAAUCUGUUGAAGGGUUUCUCUCGUUGUCUGGAAUCCAAUAUGAUGGCUAGUUGGGAAGCAUAAGAACAAUCAAGAUAAAAAUAUAUAUUAAAUGAAUUGGCUUAGUUCUCAAUGUUGGCAAAGGCUGUCUGCUCCAACAAUGGAGUUUAUUAAGGUAGUAAUCCAUGCAGUCAACCAACAGCUGAUUAGCAGAUAAUGACAGGACAAUCUCACUAGUAAGAUAUCAUUUAAACAUUAGGUAAAAUAAUCUAGCUUAAACUACAUUAUUGUAAGUGGUAGAGGAGUCCCCAAAAAGAUAGGAUAUGACCAGGUAAGAAAUCUGCAUUACACCUUAGAUCAUAAAACCAAGUGUCCUUAGAAGCAGAAAAAAUUAAGAAAAAACAAAUCCAAAAAGAAAAAAGGUCAAGGAAUACCACUCGCAGAGGAUCAAUUAUGCAGGACGAAUAAAAAUAAGAAGCCAACUGUACUAAACUUUGGGAUAAAAAUGAGGAUGCAAUUUUGAAAUAGGCCUACAUUAACUUCAAUGGAAAUUGGAGAAGCAUAGCAGAAUAAUUGCCAGGAAGAAAUAUGAAUUAGUGUUCAGAAAGAUGGAGAAGUUUGAAACCUUAAGAAGUAGAUCAUAUUAUUUAUUUGAAGAAUAAAAAGAAGAAGAGAUGGGAGUUUGAGGAUGAUUAGUUAAUUAUCUAACUUGUUAAAUAAUACGAUUAAAAUUGGGCAGAAAUAGCCAAACAUUUACCAGGUAAAAGUAGUAGCCAAAUAAGGGAAAGGUAUCUAAAUAAAUUGGAUCCAUCAGUCAAUAUGAAUCCUUGGAGCAAAAAAGAAGAUGAGAUCGUUUUGAAAAUUUUCAAAGAACAAGGACCUAAGUGGAGUGUCGCUUAAAAAUAAUUGAAAGGAAGAACAGUAAUCAUACAAUUUAUAGCGAUUAGGUAGAGAAUAUAAGAAACAGAUUUUAUUCUCACAUAGGAAGAUUAUUAAUGUUUCGGUAGGAACCAUAAUUAAUGAAUUUAAAUGAUGGUGACAUUAAUGACCAUGAAAAUACAUUGUAUCAGGAUGAUGAACCCCUUAAAUAAACUUAAUCAAUGGACUAAAGUUCUUCGGUAAUCAGUUUAGAGUUAUUUAGAUCACUAUUUCAUCCAACUUGGAUUCUUUAAUUGAUGACUUAUUGGCAGAUGAGUUUGAACUAAGUGAAAAUGGUCUGUUUAAAAUUUGAUAUUAUUUUUA